AUGGCGGAGAUGAACCGCAGGACAUUGGCCUUCCGGGGAGGCGGUCUGUCCGCCGCCACCGCCGCCGGGAACAAUAACAACAAUAAUGGCGUCAGCUCGGAGGAGGAGGUCUCGGCCUGGGCCCUGGGCCGGCAGCUGAAUGGAAGCGGCGGCGGUGCUGGCGGGGAGGAAGAGGAGGUGGAAGUGGAGCUGGAGCCGGAGGGCCUGCUGGAGGACGACGAGGAGGAUGGAGAGGCCUAUCCAGGGGUGGUGAGGCCGAAGGCGACGGCCGGAGGGGUGACCGGGCCCUCGGUGAGCGGGGGAGAGCAGUGAGGAGGAUGAGGAUGACGAGGAGGAGGAGGAUGAGGAGGACGGCGGGAAGGCGGCGGCGGACGGGGACGAGGACUGUACCCUGAUUCCGGGAGGAGACGGGCCCCGCCGCUUCGGCCUCCUACCCUCCACCCGGCCCCAGUCCCUCCUGCCUAGCCUACACUGUUCCUUCCAGGGCUCCUGGCUGCACGAGUUCCCCUGGGUGCGCUUCUCCCAGGAGACCGGCCUCAUGUCCUGUGGCUGGUGCCUCUCCAACGACCAGGCCGGGCACGACGAGCUCACCAAGGGCACCCGCAACUACAAGAGGGCCCUGCUGGUCCGACACGGACAAGCCACCGAGCACCGCCUCAACGACCCCGCUGCUCAGGAGUCAGAAAUAAAGCAGGAGGUGCCAGAGACCUACAGUGACUAUAGUAUAAAGCCAAAUGAAAAUUCCUACUGUUACCAACUUUUGCAAGAACUCAAUGACCAGAGGAAAAAAGGCAUUCUUUGCGAUGUCAAUAUUGUAGUAAAUGGCAAAGUCUUCAGAGCUCACAAGAAUAUCCUGGUUGCAGGCAGCCGCUUUUUUAAAACAUUAUACUGUUUUACAAACAAAGAAAGCCGUGACCAAACCACUGUUACUUACCUGGAUGUUGUUGCUGUGCAUGGUUUUUCAGUCAUUUUAGACUUUAUGUACUCUGGUAAUCUUGUACUCACCAGCCAAAAUGCCAUAGAAGUAAUGACUGUGGCCAGCUAUCUCCAGAUGACUGAGGUUGUCCAGUCAUGUCGUAAUUUCAUCAAAGAUGCCUUGAAUAUAAGUAUAAAAUCUGAAGCUCCAGAGACUGUUGUUGUAAACUAUAAUAAAAGAAAGAACAAAGAUGGCGUUGCUCCCCGGGAACAGAAAGCUGCCAGUUUUUGGGCUACCCGUAAUCUUACAAAUUUGGCAAGUAAUGUAAAACUUGAAACGGACGGAUUUAGUUUAGAAGAAGCUGCAGCUGAUAAUUUUCAAGCCAAUGACUCCACGUGGAUUCAGGACAGUUCUCCUGAAGUAACAGAAAUUGAGCCCCCAGCUCAGGGAAAGGUGUUUGUGUGGAAUGAUAUGGCUUCAAAUUCAGUUGGUGUGCCAGAGGUUAACAAGCCCAGGAGAAAAAACCAAACCACCAAGAGAUUUGUUUAUAACAUCCCUCCAAACAGUGAACUCCAAGUAGAUGGUAACACAAUGCUACAACAGCCUGUUCCUUACGUAGAUGAGGAUGUUCAGUGCUUCCAGGAUGCAGCAGGAACCUCAAAAGAGUUCAAAUUUGGCAUGUUUCCAGAGCCAUGGCCGAGAGAAACUUGGGAGAAUGGAGACGCAUCCACUGGGCUACUGAACAUGAAUAAAUUAAAAUGUCCUCACUGCAACUAUGUUGCAAAAUACAGAAGAACACUUAAAAGACACUUACUCAUUCACACAGGAGUGAGAUCUUUUAGCUGUGACAUCUGUGGAAAGCUGUUUACUAGAAGAGAGCACGUCAAGAGACAUUCCUUGGUGCAUAAAAAAGACAAGAAAUAUAAGUGCAUGGUAUGUAAAAAGAUCUUCAUGCUCGCAGCAAGUGUAGGAAUUCGGCAUGGAUCUCGGCGCUAUGGAGUUUGCGUAGACUGUGUGGAUAAAUCCCAACCAGGACUCCAAGAGGCUGGUGUAGAGCAGGUGACGGAUGACUUCCCUAGAGAUGAAGAAUAUGAUGACAAUGACCCUGUAGAGACAGUAGAUGCAGACGAUGACCUGGUGGAUGAAGGAGAAGAUCAGAAUGAUCAUACUCGAUGGUCAGAGCAAAACGACGCCUCACGCUGGGGAGAACAGAAUGAUCCUUCACAGUGGGAGAGACAGAAACCCCAGCCUCGAUGGGACGGAUCAGGAGAUGUUUGUAUGACAAUAGACGACUGA